UCGUAGAGUAGAGGCUUUGUAAAUAAUGACAGCAGUUGCCAUGGCGUCUGAUGGAAGCUACGAUCCAGUUAUCUCUAAAUUGAUUACGUCGCUUAAAGAAGCUGAAAGUUUAAACGAUGAGAAGGACCUCGGCUUCCUUCAAAACCUUCUGCAAUCAAAGGAACUGAAUGCCCUCGUUAAUGUACAUAGCAAGGUGGCCAAAAUUAACAAAGAUGAUAGGAUAGCACCAUUGCUAUCUGCUUCAAUGCAAAUUUUAAUGGAAGUUUUAGAGCUACUGGCACCAAGAUGUCACAUUUCUCCGUUGUGUAAAGAGAUUUUCCAUCUACUUCAAACGCCACAUUUACAGAGCAUCCUCUUCGCUCACGAUGCAAUUGCGCAAAAAGACUUCUAUCCUCACCUUCCGGAUAUCCCAGUGGAGGUCGACGAAGACGAGGAAACCAUCAAAAUUGUACAGCUUGUUAAAAGUAAUGAGCCUUUGUGUGCUGGAGCACAAAGCGCGGAACCAAUCGUUGGUGCAACUAUUAAAACAGACGAAGAAACUGGUAAAAUUAUUAUCGCAAGAAUCAUGCAUGGCGGCGCAGCGGAUCGUUCCGGGCUUAUUCAUGUUGGCGAUGAAGUGAUUGAAGUAAACAACAUUAACGUGGAAGGCAAAACUCCCAGUGAUGUUCUGUCUAUUUUACAAAAUUCAGAGGGUACAAUUACGUUUAAACUUGUUCCAUCUGAUGGAAAAUUGGACCAGCGGGAAAGUAAAGUCCGUGUUAAGGCAUAUUUUGAGUAUGAACCUGAAAGCGAUCCUUAUAUCCCUUGUAAAGAAGCCGGGUUAGGGUUCCAACGCGGCGAUAUCCUGCAUAUUGUAUCGCAGGACGAUUCGUAUUGGUGGCAAGCCCGGAAAGAAGGCGAAAAAACGACCCGAGCCGGACUAAUACCCAGCCGAGCACUGCAAGAGCGUCGCAUACUGCACGAAAGAACGCAAAAGGAAUCAAACGGUGAUGCUAAAAAAGGAUCAUGUGCCUCCAUCUGCUCUACUCCACCCGGUUCACCAAAUCCCAACCAUCCAUGUGGGGGACCAAAGACUAAAAAAAUUAUGUACGAUACAGCUGAGAAUGAUGACUUUGAUCGGGAAAUGAUUGCCACUUACGAGGAGGUGGCCAAACUGUACCCACGACCCGGUAUUUUCCGUCCGAUCGUCUUGAUCGGAGCUCCUGGUGUAGGUCGCAACGAGCUGAAGCGUCGGCUGGUGGCAAGAGAUCCGGAAAAAUACAAAAGUCCGGUUCCAUUCACCACGCGCCCUAUGCGAUCCGGUGAAGUGGCCGGACGGGAGUACCUGUUUGUCACGCGCGAAAAAAUGGAAGCUGACAUCGCGGCCGGUAAGUUCAUCGAGCAUGGUGAAUAUAAAGGCCACUUGUAUGGUACUGCUGCGGAUAGUGUAAAAAGCUUCGUGAACGCAGGAUGCGUGUGUAUUCUUGGGCCACACUACCAGGCUAUUAAAUCGCUACGAACGGCUCAGCUAAAGCCAUACGUCGUUCAUAUCAGACCUCCGGCUUUCGAGGAACUGAAAAAAACUCGUACGAAAGCCCGAGCGCGCUCGACAUUCGAUGAAAUUAAUUCGAGAGGAUUCACGGAUGAAGAGUUCAUGGAAAUGAUCAAGUCCGACGAACGCAUCACUUUGCUCUACGGACACUUUUGCGACGAUGAGAUCGUCAACGAUGAUCUCUCCGAAGCAUUCGAAAAGCUUGUAAACUUAGCCAACAAGUGUGAAUCAGAGCCGCUUUGGGCUCCAGCCAGUUGGGUGCAGUAG